AUGAACGCCAUUGAUGGAACGUCCCGCCAGCUCAAGGACACGGAGGAUCAGACUCUGGACGACACGCCGUCGUUGUUGUCGAUCAUCAUUGACGCCCAUGUGCCGUCGUGGGAAGAAAUCAAGUCGCAAAUAUCCAUCUCGGAGGCUGUGGCUUCCAUUCUCGUCUUCAUCAACGCCCACUUGGCUCUGCACAACUCCAACAGCGUUAAUGUGAUUGGAUACAACGCCAGUGGUGCUCGAAUUUUGUAUCCUCCUAAAAGCGGCGUUGAAUCGACUAGAUCAAAGGAGAGAGAAGAGAGAUCGGAGAGUGUAAGCGAUGGAGAACAGGCACCCAGCAAGAAGGACCACUCCAUGUACAGACAAUUCAAGACGGUGGACGAGGUUGUGCAGACGGAGCUGUGGAACAUGCUGAACCACACCAACUACGUGGAGGAGGAGAAACAACACAACUCGGCCAUCUCCGGAGCACUGAGUCUAGCUCUAGGGUUCAUAAACAAACAUGUGUUUGUGGACGAGUCGAGAAUGCGAGCAAGGAUCCUGCUGCUCACCGUCGGACACAAAAACGAAACCAUCCAAUACAUCCCUACUAUGAACUGCAUUUUCGCCGCCCAAAAGCUCAAGAUCCCCGUCGAUGUGUGCAAACUGGGUCCUGGAUCCGACCAGGUCUUUCUGCAACAAGCAUGCGACUCGACACACGGCAUCUACAUGGAUAUCAGUGAAAAGAACUCCAAAACACCCAAGGGUUUGGUUCAGUAUCUGCUAUCGGGCUUUAUCUCAGACCCCAGUUUACGACCCCAUAUUGUGCUGCCCACCCAGUCCAAUGUGGACUUUCGAGCAGCAUGUUUCCUGACUAAACAGGUGGUGGAUAUUGGCUAUGUCUGCUCUGUCUGUCUGUGUAUCAUGAGCCAGAUUCCCAGCAACAGAAGAUGUCCUACAUGCGAUACUACCUACUCUGAGAAGACUUUGGCUGGUUUGGGUCGAAAACCUCUCAAGAAGAAGAAAAAGAAGGUCGUUAAGCCAUAG